AACGGAAUCAUAAUCUUAUAUUUAUACCAUACACAAUGAGAGAAAUUAUCCAUUUAUCUACUGGUCAAUGUGGUAACCAAAUUGGUGCUGCUUUCUGGGAAACUAUCUGUGGUGAACACGGUUUAGACAAUAAUGGUACUUACUCUGGAGAAGAUGAUAUUCAAAAGGCUAAAUUGGACGUUUAUUUCAAUGAAGCUACUUCAGGAAAAUAUGUCCCUCGUGCCGUUUUAGUUGAUUUAGAACCAGGUACUAUUGAUAAUGUCAAGACUUCCAAGAUUGGUGGUUUAUUUAGACCGGAUAACUAUAUUUUUGGUCAAAGUUCUGCCGGAAAUGUUUGGGCUAAGGGUCAUUAUACUGAAGGUGCUGAAUUAGUUGAUUCCGUCUUAGACGUUGUUAGAAGAGAAGCUGAAGGAUGUGACUCUUUGCAAGGUUUCCAAAUUACCCAUUCUUUAGGUGGUGGUACCGGUUCCGGUAUGGGUACCUUAUUAAUUUCCAAGAUUAGAGAAGAAUUCCCUGAUAGAAUGAUGGCCACUUUUUCAGUUGUUCCUUCACCAAAGGUUUCCGAUACCGUUAUUGAACCAUAUAAUGCUACCUUAUCUAUUCAUCAAUUAGUUGAUAAUUCUGAUGAAACCUUUUGUAUUGAUAAUGAAGCUUUAUAUAAUAUUUGUCAAAAAACUUUAAAGUUACCUCAACCAUCAUAUGCUGAAUUAAACAGUUUGGUUUCUUCAGUUAUGUCGGGUGUUACUACUUCAUUACGUUAUCCAGGUCAAUUGAAUUCCGAUUUAAGAAAAUUGGCUGUUAAUUUAGUUCCAUUCCCAAGAUUACAUUUCUUUAUGGUUGGUUAUGCUCCAUUGACUUCUAUUGGUGCUAAAUCUUUUAGAUCAGUUACUGUUCCAGAAUUGACUCAACAAAUGUUUGACUCCAAGAAUAUGAUGGCUGCUUCUGAUCCAAGAAAUGGUCGUUACUUAACUGUUGCUGCUUUCUUCAGAGGUAAGGUUUCAGUUAAAGAAGUUGAUGAUGAAAUGCAUAAAAUUCAAACCAAGAAUGCCGCUCAUUUUGUUGAAUGGAUUCCAAAUAAUGUUCAAACUGCCGUUUGUUCUGUUCCUCCAAGAGAUUUAGACAUGAGUGCCACUUUCAUUGGUAAUUCUACUUCCAUCCAAGAAUUAUUUAAGAGAGUUGGUGAUCAAUUCAGUGCCAUGUUUAGAAGAAAGGCUUUCUUGCAUUGGUAUACUUCUGAAGGUAUGGAUGAAAUGGAAUUUACUGAAGCUGAAUCCAAUAUGAAUGAUUUAGUUAGUGAAUAUCAACAAUAUCAAGAAGCCACUGUUGAUGAUGAAGAAUUGAUUUAUAAUGAUGAUAUUGUUGCUGAAGAACCAAUGGAAUAGAUGCAUUCCUUAUGAAGUGUUCAAUUGUUCUCCCACUUUUUUAUAGUUUUGGUUUGUGAAUUUUGUUGUGAUUAGUAAAAUCUAUACCCCUUGACUAUUACAACAAAUUGCAAAUUGUUUUUUUUUAUAUAUUUUUUCAUGCUUAUUUUCUUUUACCUCUAUAUACAUAUAUCUCUAUUAAUUAAAGGUGGUUUACUAUAUUUAAAU